GCUCUGCCACAUCCACUUUCCUCAAGUGUCCCAGGGGCUGGGCGGGGCUGGAGGCUCCCAAGGGCAGGGGGAGUUUCCGCCUCCAGGAAGGCCUCCGGGCUGGAGUGGGGCCUCCACUGGCCCACGCCCACUUCCCUGCCACCUUCGCCCUCGGGGAGGGCUGGGCUGGGCCGAAGUUCACCGGGACUGCCAAGACUGCCCGUCGCCAUGCCGCUGGGGCUGCGGACCAAGAAGAAGGGCCGGUCCCGGGAGCCCGAGCCCGGAGCUGUCCAGCACAGGCCGCCACUGGUGUUCUCCGCGCAGCUGGCCCACGGCAGCGCCACGGCCAGGGUGGAGGGCUUCUCCAGCAUCCGAGAGCUCUACGCCAAGCUCGGCCUGGCGUUCGGCAUCGCGGCCUCCGAGAUCUUGUAUUGCACCUUGAGCACCCCCAAGCUCAAUAUGGAGAGCCUCUUGGGAGCCCAGAUUGGGCUGGAAGACUUCAUCUUUGCCCACGUGAAGGGCAUCCAGAAGGAAGUGACGGUCUGCAAAUCGGAGGAUGUCCUCGGCCUCACCAUCACAGAUAACGGCGUGGGCUACGCCUUCAUCAAGCACAUCAAGGCGGGCAGCCUGAUGGCGGCAGUGCCAGCCGUGAGCGUGGGGGACCACAUCGAAGAGAUCAACGGGCGGAGCAUCGUGGGCUGGCGGCACGUGGACGUGGCCCGGGCGCUGCGGGAGCUCGAGAAGGGGCGGCCCUUCUCGCUCAGGCUGGUGGAGCCCCAGAAGGCCUUGGACUUUCAGCCGCCCUUGGGGGCCGGGAAGAGCCUGGACAGCGGAGUGGCCCCUGGUCGGGGAACCCUGCGGCUUCGGCCCAAAGGCCGGGCCACCGUGGAAGAGCUGCCCCCAGAGGUUGACCAGAAGGCCAUCCAGAAGGUGGAUUACUUCCUGGAGCUGUACUUGGGGAUCCGAGACCUCGAGCUCGCUACGACAAUAUUUGAAGCCGGAAAAGACAAGCUGAAUCCGGACGAGUUUGCCAGAGCCCUGGAUGACGCUCUCGGGGACUUCGCCUUUCCCGAUGAAUUUGUCUUUGACGUCUGGGGCGCCCUUGGCGAUGCCAAGGAAGGGCGCCUGCACUGAGCCUUGAGGCCCCUCUCCGGAGAGCCCGCACUGGGGGGAGCUCCCCAGCCCAGCCACGGCUGCGUAGGCUGGGACUUCUGAGGCGGUGAAUCUGGGUUUCCUCCCAUGUGUCCCUUUGUGGCUGUGCACUCCCAAUGAAAGAAGUCAUGUGACGCUG